AUGUCUCUUUCAAAUAUCACAACAAAUGCUAGCAACACCAACCCUCUGCCGCGUGUGCCGGUUCUUCUGGCGCCGUCUAAUUUGACGCUACAGUGUAAUACUACGGGAGUGCACGGGAGCUCAGUUAGGAUUUUGUCCCCAGAGUGCCAGAUAGCCGGCGGUCAUGGGGAAAAUGGGAAAUGGGGAUUUGGUGGUGGUAGUAGUGGCGGGAGAAGUGGUGGGAGUAGUGGAUGGAGUAGUGGAGGAAGAAGUGGUGGGAGCAGUGGGAGUAGUGGGAGUAGUGGGAGUAGUGGGAGUAGUGGGAGUAGUGGGAGUAGUGGGAGUAGUGGGAGUAGUGGGAGUAGUAGUGGAGGGAAAAGUGGUGGAAGCAGUGGAAGCAGUGGAAGCAGUGGAAGCAGUGGAAGCAGUGGAGGGAAGAGCGGCGGGAAAAGCGGCAGUAGCAGCGGCAGUACUAGCAGCGGCGGCAAACCAGGCUCCAGUGCCAACAAUGGCGUCCCCCGUGGCGAUCCCAACGGGUAUUCCGGUGGGAGAAGCGGCUAUAACCCUGCUGCCACAUACCCGGACACCAGCCCUGGCGCCAUAUACGCAGACGCUAGCGCCGGGCGUUUCGGAGCCUACGGUGGUUAUUUGGGCUACCCCGGUUACGUUGGCUACGGCCACUACAUGCACCGCAACGGCACUAUCUCUGCCGACGCGAGCUCUGCUGUUAGUUUGAAACCAACCUGGUCACAUAUCGCAGUUGCCAUGUUGUUGCUCUGUACGUUGGUGCCUUCCUCGGUCUAA